AUGCCAUCCAGUCUCCAUUCCAAGUCGGGCAGCAUUCGGAAAGCAUCUCGUUCACCUCCCUCUCGUUCACCUCUCUCUCGCUUGCACCGCCGCCUGUCCCGUUCUCUCAGCACCAGAGCCGACUCUCCUCGAGUUGUGUUUGGCUACGAUGCCAUCGCCAGUCUCCCGACGGAGCUUAACAAGUUGUGCCUCUCACUCCCUCUCGUCGUCUACAGCCCAUCCCGCCUCUCCCUCGCCAACCGCAUCCGCGCCCUGCUACCAAAUCUAGACGCUUGCUUCAUAUCGUCAGAUAUGCAUCCCGGCUCGACGAUCCUAUCCGGUCGCGACUCCGUCGUCAGCGUGGGAGGACCCCGGGCAGUCGCACUGGCAAGGCGAAUCAGCUUGAAGAUGAGCAUUCCGCAUAUCUGCGUCCCGACGACGCAUAGCGGGGCAGCUGGCGAUCUCCCACCGUGGGGUCAACGGGAGGAAGACGGUAGCGGGUUAAGGACGUUCGAAGAGGGAGGUGAUGUGCGCAGCGAUGAUGGCAGCAGGAGUUUGCCGGCGGUAAUAAUAUAUGACAAGAGGCUGACAGAGAGCCGCAUUAGACGAUUUUUUGCGCCCUCAGGAGUUUGUGAUGAUACUGAGACUGAAGCGGAAGUUGACGCUGCUCUUGUUGUUGCUCCGGAAGUGGCCAUAAAUGCAGACACAUCAAUAUUGAGAUCCGCACAGAGCAGCACGGCUCAGUGGAGCUAUAUUCAUCUACCUGGCGUCUGA